CUAUAUAAAUCCUCUUUCUAGGGUUUGUGUUUGCAUUUACAGCUUCAACCCUAAAGCGUGCGGAGCAGAGAGAGAGGCGCAGUCAUGGGGCGGAGACCUGCAAGGUGUUAUAGGCAAAUUAAAAACAAGCCAUACCCAAAGUCACGAUUUUGCCGUGGUGUUCCUGAUCCCAAGAUCAGAAUUUAUGAUGUUGGUAUGAAGAAGAAAGGUGUUGAUGAGUUUCCUUUCUGUGUCCAUCUGGUUAGUUGGGAGAAGGAAAAUGUUUCAAGUGAGGCACUGGAAGCUGCUAGGAUUGCUUGCAACAAGUAUAUGGCAAAGUUUGCUGGAAAGGAUGCUUUCCAUUUGAGAGUCCGGGUACACCCCUUCCAUGUUCUGAGGAUCAACAAGAUGCUUUCGUGUGCCGGAGCUGAUAGGCUCCAGACUGGAAUGAGAGGUGCAUUCGGAAAGCCACAGGGUACUUGUGCUAGAGUGGCUAUUGGGCAGGUCCUCCUUUCAGUUCGCUGCAAGGAUAGUAACAGCCAUCAUGCACAGGAGGCCCUUCGUCGUGCUAAGUUUAAGUUCCCUGGUCGUCAAAAGAUUAUUGUUAGCAGGAAGUGGGGUUUCACCAAGUUCAGCCGUUCUGAUUAUCUCAAGUUCAAGUCAGAGAAUAGAAUCAUGCCUGAUGGUGUUAAUGCAAAGCUUCUUGGGUGCCAUGGACCAUUGGCAAAUCGUCAACCUGGAAGAGCCUUUUUGUCCACCGCUACUGCAUAAUCUGUCUGUUAAUUGGAAAUAUUAGACUUUGGAUCGCAUUAGAUUCGCAAGAGUAAAUUUGAGUUUCUUUUGUCUGCGCAUUACAUUAAACUAAGUUGAUUUUCACUUUUGCAAACCUUGUUAAUUGGAUAAUUUUAAUGUUAUAUUUUGUUUAUGUUAUUUUGCAUUACCUCGUUU